CUAUGGAGUCAAAGACUCACCGCCGGUCAGAUGUUCCGGCAAGAGUACCGUUUCAUUUCUUCAGGAUAAUACUUCAGCCAGACCAGCAGAGACAGAAACUGGUAUAAAUCUUCCAACAAAGUUUGUGAAGAAAUUUAGGAAAGAAUUGUCUGAUGUUGCAACAAUGAGUAUUCCCACAGGCCAUGUUUGGCCAGUGGGUUUGGAGAGAGUUAACAAAAGAGUUUGGUUAGUUGAGAAUUGGCAGGCUUUUGCAGAAUACUAUUCCCUCCGUUAUGGGGACUUCUUAGAAUUUAGAUAUGAAAGGAAUUCGAAUUUCCACGUUUCAAUAUUUGAUAGGACUUGUACUGAGAUUUCUUACCCUUGUCAAGAGCAAAGUUCUGAUUUGCAUCCUGUGGUUCUUCAUCAAGAGGAUAUAAGAAAUGAUGAUGUUAGUGACACUUUAGAUGCCAUACCAUCCCUUUCUCAUGCCUCGCGAUCAGUGAAAGGAAAACGAAAAUGUGUAGAUGAACGGGUUGUUGAAAAAAGACAUGUUUUGCAUUCAGGCUCAAGUAACAAAUGUAUUCAAAGAGGUGCUACUAGCAAGGAGAAUAUGGGAUAUCAGUCUGAUGAUGCGACAAGGAGAAAGAAGACUAUAUAUGUAGAUCAAGGAGACACAAUAGACUCAAGUAUUGUGACUAAAUCAGCGCCAGCUAGUUUGAAGAAAAAUAGAAUGGCAAGCUCUCUGGAGUUAACAAAACAGAAUGAUGAUCAGAAAGUAAUCCAGGCUACUAGCAUGUUCAAGCCAAAAAAUCCUUUUUUCUCAAUUAUCUUGCAACCAUACAACUUCACUAAGUGCUAUCUGCACAUGCCUACUGAAUUUGCUGAGAAAUAUUUGAGUGGGUGUUCAGAAGUCAUCAAACUUCAGGGCUCUCAUGGAAAGCAGUGGGAUGUUCGGUUUGCGUCUACGAAUCCUUCACUUCCGAUAACAUGCAGGGGAUGCAUUAAGUUUUUAACAGACAAUAAUUUGGCAGAGGGAGAUGUCUGUCUCUUUGAGCUGAUGAAAAGCAAGGUUGACAUGGUUCUAAAAGUUUCAAUACUUCGUGCAGCUGAAUAUGAAGACACAAUACACUCAAGUAAUGUGAAGAAAUCAAAGCGAGCCAAUCUGGAUAAAAGUAUAAUGCAUGACACAGAGGAUUUCUCCACAAGACAGAGUGAAGAUGAUGGAAAGUUUGCUUUUGACAUUUUUUCUCACACGUACCCUAAAUCGAAACUUAAGUUUCCCACAGAGACUGAGAAGGUGAUCUAUGCUACCAGAAUGUUCAAGCUGAAAAACCCAUUUUUCGUUGUGAUCUUGCAGUACAAUAACUACCAUCUGUGUAUUCCUGUGGACUUUGCUAGGAAAUACUUCAGUAGCUGCGCAGAAUCUAUCAAACUACAUGAUUCCAAUGGUGGCCACUGGGAUGUACAACGCACUUAUACAAAUGCUUCAAGUUCAGGUCAUAGGUUCAGCAACGGAUACAAUGUAUUUUUGAGAGACAAGAAAUUGGAGCAAGGAGAUGUAUGUCUCUUUGAGCUGAUAAAAAGGAAUGAUGUUUUGCUAAAAGUGUCAGUACUCCGUGCUUCUGAAUAUGAUGACAGGGGCCAUGAUAAAGAGAUGAAAGUUAAUGAGACUAAGAACAGAAGAUAUCGAAAUGAAGAUGAGGAAGAUCUACCAGACCUAGUUGGUAGACUUGAUGACAAGGGAAAGUCUACCGCACACAAGUUGUCUAUAGAAGAUGAAGAAAAUAUAGAAAUUUGCAGUAGUGGAACUUUGUAUUAUUCUUCUAAGAUCGAAAAGCUAGUGAUGUCCAAAGAAAGCAGGAGGGCGUUCAGUGAUGCCAAAAAGUUCCAUACAGAAAAUGCUGCUUUCCUUGUUAUGUUGCGACACUAUCACAAGUCUUAUGUGGUAGUGCCCGCUAGAUUUGAUACCAAGCAUCUGGGAGAUGAAUGCCCAGUGCUCAUUACACUUGAGGCGCCUAAUGGAAAGCAAUGUCAUGUUCGGUGCAUUUAUGAUACUGAUAGGAAAAAGUUAUCUGAUGGAUGGAGUGCAUUCUCCUCCGAGAAUAAUCUGGAAGAAGGUGAUGUUUGUGUGUUUGAGUUGAUUGCUAGUAAAGAUGUCGUGCUAAAGGCGUCAAUAUUUCGUGCAGCUGAAUAUGCAGACUAGUAAAUUAGUGUAGUACGUCUAAGCUUGCAUCUCCUGCUGAGUUUUGGAUGUGUAAAAACACUGGAGAAACACUGCCCUUCUUUUGCCAUUUUGUAUAAGUUGGCUUCUUCACUUUACACAUGCUAUGUUUCGGUUGUAUAGUAUUGUCAAUAUGUAAAUCUCUUGCAGGAGAGUAAUACAAAUGACUUCGGGUAAUAUGUUUAUUUGUAAUAAUUAACGAGAAUCCCUUGGUUUAGAG